AUGGUUUACUACAACAACACGUGGCCUGUGUCCAAGGAUGGGCAAGAGGGAUACCUCCAGGCCCAGAUGUCCUGUGUGUUGCAAGCCGGGCGGGCUACCCAGCCAGGACAGGGUUUAAUCAAAGUUAACCUCGAUAGGGAUAUUGACUUUAUUGAGAAUUGGAACUUACGGAUUACUUCCCCUGUGGAAACGGACAGACCCUCCGCUUACUGGACUCUGGUGAACCCGAACGAGGUUGCUCCCGGCUUUGUGUGGAUGUUUCAGGUUCGCUGGCGGGGAACCAUCACCUAUGGGAUAAGCACUGUCAUUGAACCUCCUGUACCCAUGGGCACAUGUAGCUUCAAGACGGGUGUCGAAAAACAUUUCUUUCUAUGUUCACCCACACAAAUACCGACAACGGAAGAACCUGAACCUCCGACGGAUGCCCCGACAGAGCCCCCAACGCCGGUUACUAAUACAACAACACAGACACCGGUAGACAAAACGACCGCCCCAGACGAGGGGACAUGGCCAACCGUGGACAAAACACCUGACAUAUGCAAAACGUAUCCGGAAGUUAGACUCCUGCAGCAGGAAAUAGACGCAAACUCGAGCCCCGUCCCCUACAACUACCACGAGGUGCUGUGUAAGUACAUCCUGUUCUACGAGGCGCAGCGCUCUGGUGACCUGCCUGCCAACCAGCGUGUCACGUGGCGACAGGACUCGGCUCUCCAGGAUGGACGCUGGAAGAGCAUUAACGAGGACCUGGUCGGCGGCUGGUACGAUGCGGGUGACUUGGUCAAGUUUGGCCUUCCCAUGGCGUCGUCCACCACCGUGCUUAUCUGGGGCUACCUCCGGUUCCAAGAGGCGUACGUCAUGGCCGGCCAGGACGCCUACAUGCGGGACUGCAUCCGAUGGCCACUUGACUACUUCCUCAAACUCUGGGAUGACGAGAACCAGAGAUUCUAUGCUCAGGUGGGAAAUGGUGACAUUGACCAUGCGGCCUUCGAGCGCCCAGAGGAUAUGACGACGGAACGUCCAGUGUACUACGUGGAACCGGGCCGGGCCGGAAGUGACGUAGCCGGGGAGACCGCUGCCGCGCUCGCAGCUGGAUACAUGGUGUUCAAUGAUUCAGAUCCCGCGUACGCGAUGCAACUGCUAUCAUCUGCUGAAAAGAUCUACCAGUUCGCGUUCAGCCACAGGGGCAAAUACAGUGACGUUAUUUCUGAUGCGGCAAAGUUUUAUUCAUCAAGUGGUUACGAGGACGAGUUGACAGUGGCCGGUGUAUGGUUAUACCGAGCCACAGGCGAUGUGUCCUACCUGAACCAAGCUAAGGCCUUCCCCAGGAAUGACUGGGCCUGGGGGUAUGAAUGGUCCUCAAAGGAACUUGCCGCAAAUAUCUUGCUGUAUGAAGAGACAGGAGAAAGUUCCUAUUACAACAACGCAAGAAAUUUCUUCCACCGCUGGUCGGAAAGUGGUGAUCUACAAUACACUCCGGGUGGCUUGGUGUACCGUUUGCGAUGGGGGUCUCUCAGAUAUGCGGCGAAUGCGGCGUUUGCGGCCCUGGUGGCGCUGGAUGACGGAAUCGUGACAAGGGCGGAGAUGGCGGCCGGCACGGUGCUAGACCCUUUCAAGCAGAUAAACUACAUACUGGGGGACAACCCUAACAAUAUGAGCUACGUUGUGGGAUUCGGGGAUAAGUAUCCGACCAGGCCACAUCACAAAGCUAGUUUCUGUGCCCCCGCCCCCGCGCCCCAAUGCACAUUCGCUGAGUUUCACAGCAGCCAGCGGCACCAUUACUUGCUUUACGGUGCCAUGGUGGGAGGCCCGGACGCUGGGGGCGGUUAUGACGACAACAGGAUGGCAUACGAGAGAUCGGAGGUCACCUGUGACUAUAACGCCGGCUUGCAGUCCGCUGUUGCUGGUAUUGUGCAGAUGACCAUGGUCAACAAGAAAUAGUCAUCCAUCAAGUCCUCUAUACUCAUCUUCAAAAACUCCAUUUUAAAAUUGUUAAUUUGUUGAAUAAUGUUAUGUGUAAUAAUCUACGAAUCAACAAUUAAGCAGAAGUUUAUAUAUAAUUCUCAUUACGUGUUUAUUCCACAG